CGAUUAAAUUGAGCAGAGAAACCACUGAAUAUCAAAUUAGCUUUCCGUGUUUUGGACCAUAAUGCAUAAAUUCCGGAUCCCUUGUAAUCUGCGCUAAACGUGUUUGCAAUGAGAGAGAGAGAGAGAGAGAGAGAGAGAGAGAGAGAGAGAGAGAGAGAGAGAGAAUUAAUGAAAUAGAGGGAGUGUGACAUCAUAAAGUAGAAGAUAGGGAUGCUGCAGAUCUCAAGAAGAGAGAGGGAGAUACAAUAAAAUAGAAGAUAUAGUAACUGUAGUUCUAAAGAAAAAGAAGAAGAAAAGAGAGAGAGAGGAAGUUUGUCGUAAUAAAGUAGAAGACAGAGUUUCUGUAGAUCUCAAGAAGAGAGAAUUAAUGAAACAGGAAGUGUGUCAUCGUAAAGUAGAACAUAGAGUUACUGUAAUUCUAAAAAGAGAGAGAGAGAGAGAGAGAGUGGCUUGCUUAUACACAUGUAUAAAAUUCAAUUAAAUUCCUCAGGGAGGAGUGAUUGUGAGCGUGGUUUUGAACUUUUUAAUGGAAAAAUUAGCGCCCCGAAACUUUCCACGGCGAAGUUUUGGCCAUAAAAAUGCAAAUUUGAUCACUUUUUGCAUCGAGCCAAACUUGGUGUUCUUGUUCUCUCUCUCUCUCUCUCUCUUUCUCCCUCUCUUUUGGUGGGGAGGGGGGAAUGGGCUGGGGGGAGGUGGAUUGGAAUGUAGUUGGUAGCUGGGGACUUGCGCUAUCAUGCAAUUUAUAGGUGCCCUCGUGUUGGCAUCUCUUUGGGAGGUCGUGGGAAACAAGGGCAUUCCUAGACAAGAGGUGACAGAAAGCAAGGACUUUCCUGGACAAGAGGUGAAAGAGGUGACAGAAAGCAAGGACUUUCCUGGACAAGAGGUGAAAGAGGUGACAGAAAGCAAGGACUUUCCUGGACAAGAGGUGACAGAAAGCAAGGACUUUCCUGGACAAGAGGUGACAGAAAGCAAGGACUUUCCUGGACAUGAGGUGACAGAAAGCAAGGACUUUCCUGGACAAGAGGUGACAGAAAGCAAGGACUUUCCUGGACAAGAGGUGACAGAAAGCAAGGACUUUCCUGGACAAGAGGUGACAGAAAGCAAGGACUUUCCUGGACAAGAGGUGACAGAAAGCAAGGACUUUCCUGGACAAGAGGUGACAGAAAGCAAGGACUUUCCUGGACAAGAGGUGACAGAAAACAAGAAAUGUCCAACACAAGAGGUCACACAAAAUAAGGACAAUACGAGACAAGAGGUCACAGAAAACACGGACAAUGCGAGACAAGAGGUCACAGAAAACAAGGACAAUGCGAGACAAGAGGUCACAGAAAACAAGGACAAUGCGAGACAAGAGGUCACAGAAAACCAAGGACAAUGCGAGACAAGAGGUCACAGAAAACAAGGACAAUGCGAGACAAGAGGUCACAGAAAACAAGGACAAUUCGAGACAAGUGGUCACAGAAAGGAAGACCGGUGUAUAUUUCUUUUCAGAAGUAAUUUAUUGAGAUAAGUGGGUUAGUUGUAAUAAUUCAUUUAUUUGGAUAAUAACAGUUAUAAUCCUUUAUUUGGUUGAAUAAGACAGGAAUUUUUACAAAAUCAUAAUAGAACAUCAUUAAGAUUAUCUAAUCUUUUAGAUAAAGAAUCGUUACUGUAUUUGUGACAUAUAAGGACGACAUUCAACUGAUCAACACUUGCAAAUGAUACCUGAAGACUGACGAAUGCAUUCGCAACGGAACGACUAAUUUGCGCAAUUGUAUGGCAAGGAAUGAUAUCAAAUCAUGUUAUCAAUUCAAACCUUGCAGAUUCAGAGAGCAGAGUUUUGUCAUGUCACUCACUCGGCUCCCAAAGAAUGGAAGCGACAUCCCUGUGUCAACAAAACCUGUUAUUCCGACGGAUAUAUCCUUUAAAAAAAAAAAAAAAGUUCGGGAAGGGUGA